UUUCCGUUUGGAACCCACAGAAGAAGAAGAAGCGCAUGCGCGUCCUCUUCACUUCGGCACAACAAACAAGAUGGCGGCGGUAGAGGCAGAAACGAACCACGAAAGAGGAAAACUGGGGUUGUAUCCUUUAAUAUCGGAUCAAUAUAUGUAUUUUUAAAGUCAGAGUUGUUUUGUUAAGAUGUAUUUCCACUUCAAAUGAUUAAAAAUAUCACGAUAACCGCUAACUGUCAGCUCUGUGAGUCACUUUUCCCGACUCCGUUUCACUAACCGCUUUAUGACUUUAGUGUCUCAGGGUAAAGUUUUUAUGUUGAGCUCUUUAUAUCACUUUUUUUGUUUCUUAUUUUUGAUUUUCUGUUAUUCUUCUCGCUAUUGGUUAAAGGUGCAGAUGGUCUGAGAUACUUUAUUCAGGUCUGGGGUGAAAAAUGAAUGAAUGAUUUUAUUUAUUUCGAUUUAAUAUGACUGAAAGGGUGUAGGCAGAAGCAAUGCUUAUCAAGACCUAACCUUUAUACCAUACAUGGAGUACAUUAUACAAAUACCAAUACUUCAAUAUUCACUUUUCAAAUCAGAUAGAGUAAUGAACAUGUUUUACACAUUACAAUAAUAAUUAUACAUCAUUUUCUCUACAAUAUUGAGAAAUAACAUUGUUCUUGUAAAGUUUGUUCAUUUUUUUUUUUGUUCCGCUCAUGGCCAUUUUUCAGCAUUUCCAUACACAAAAGGCAUUUAACAAAUGUAGCACAGCACAUGACCGGAAGGGAGCGGGUAGAAGACAAAGCUUAUUUUACCUUCCCCUCAUUCAGAACAGAAACAAACAAUUAUAUAAGAUGGUCUGUCCACUUCAGCUUAUUUUCCUAUAACUUAACAAACAAUAUUCCAAUCACAUAAAAGAAAACAAACAAAAGCAAAGUCAGUGUCCGCUUCAGAAAUAUGCAUAUACAAAACACGACUCGUCAACUUCAUGUUUUGUUAUUAGACUUUCUUUAUACUUGGUUUUAAACUGAAAUAUGUUUGUGCAGCCCUUUAAAGUAUUCCUCUGGGGGUUCCACAGAAAUACACAACUGGUGCUUAAAAUUAAAUCGCUGUCUGUGCUCUUCAUCCUUUGAACUGAAAAUAAACAUCUUUUGCAGGUUUUUUUGGUAACAUUUUGUAUCUUGCCCUGAAUAUUAUUAUGAGUAUCUGUAAUUUAAUGAGAUGAUUAAAGUCUCUUAAAGCUUACCUGAGUACUACAUUUUCUCCUUUCUACCGGACAGUCGUUUCAUAUUUUCACCCCUUUUUACAGACACACAUAAAUUUUUGACAUUUGUUCGCGCUUUCGGUUUCUGAAAUAAUCCAUAGCCUCUUAGAUUGUAAUUAGAGUCCCUCAGUUUAAACAGGUUCUGGACAUGUUGUGGUAAGGCUAGGUUUUUUGUCUUUGUACAUGAUUUGUAUUGUGAUGUAAAAAUUUAAGGAAGUAAUAAGGGGAUGGGUUGAUUCAUGGUAAUGUUUGCUGCAGAUGACUUGCUUUUUUAAAAGAAACUGAGUUUGUAUUUGUUUUAUAAGUGUUUCCCUAAAUCUCAAUGCAAUAAGUCAUGUACAGAGUUAUCAGGGAAUAGUAUAGAGCGGCUAACCCUUUUUGUCAAAGUAAAUCUUUGGCUUGAUACAGAAUGGCGAUAGAUUUUGACAUUCUCGAUUUAAUCUGAUUUAUGUAUGAUUUCCAACUAAGUUUGUUAUCUACAAUGAUGCCAAGGAAUUUAUUCUCAGUUACUACCUCGAUUUCCUUAUUGUCUAUAGUUAGAUUUCUACAUUGAAUUACUUGCUUAUUUCCAAAUAUAAAACAUGUAGUUUUGCCAAAAUGGAGUGACAGUUUAUUCGUGUCAAACCAAGUUUUAAACUUUUCCAACUCUUUUUCCAUCGGGUCUAGAAGCUGUUCCAGAUUACUAUGACUGCAAAACAAAGUCGUAUCAUCAGCAAACAAGAUACAUUUCAGCGAUUUCGACACCAGACUUUUAUCAUUAAUAUAUAAAAUAAACAACAAUGGACCAAGUACAGAGCCUUGCGGCACUCCACAGUGUAAAUAGAGGAAACAGAGAAAUAGAGGAUGACUGAGGUCAAUUUAACGACAAUGCUGUAAUUAAACGGCAUGUCUCUUUAUAAGACACACUUGAGUUCCUCUGGUCUUUCUUGACCCUGCUGCAGCUCUCUGGAUGUCCCCUUUCCAUCAUCCCUUGAGGCCUCCAUCGCUCUGCGAUCCCUGUCUCCGGAUAAGGAGCCAAGGAGAGGAGGCAUUAGUAAGCAGCUGUCGGUGUCCGGCAGCACGCUCUCAGUGUGAGAAAACAGCAGAUUUAACCCUCCUCAUCUUUAAUCUGAUCUCUUUAAACUCAUAUUGACCUUUUUUUUCUUCAUGUGUUUCAGGAGGUGGAGCGCAGACGAGGCUCGGAUCCUUAGAGUGUCUGUAAAUUCCUUUCUAGUUCAUCUAUCUUUGGUAAUAGAGACCAUGGACAUGUUUGGACCUGCUGUCUCUCAGUGAAACCUGAUGCACGACUGAUCUGUCUCAUCCUCCUCUGGACUCGACUCAGGCUUGACAUCUGGGAGACCACCAGGUUCAGAAUCAGAGAUGGAAGUCUGAGCAGCCGGCAGCUUGGACUUUGUAAAGAUCUCACACUUUUCCAAGUGGGUUUACAUUUAAGAGACUUUAGUUUCACUGGUGACGGGUGUGGGUGAAAAAAGGACAAACAUGGAUUCAAGUUCAAGCAAAAGAGAAACUCCUGUCUGGUCUCAGCUCCUCAGAUUCUUGGGAUUUUUGUGUUUGUAGGAUAAUAAUCUUACAAAGACAAAAAUAUAUAUGGAGAGGCAAUUCAAACGGAAGUUUUUACUCUUUUUGACAUUUUUUGGACUAAAACAUUUCCAGAAAUCUGAAGUUAACGCUUUUAAAUUUCAGAAAUAAUUUGGCUUGAAUGUGUGUCAUAAAAGUUAAAGUUUUUUAUCCACUUGAUAAUGUGAUGUAAUUAUAAAAAUCUCAAGGGGGUAAACUUCCUGUUGAACAUUUUUGGACUUUGUCUUGUUUUUAAGUGAAAGCAGACAAAGUUAAAGAUCCUGUGAGGAACUUUUUAGGUUUGUGUCAGUUUGGGCGCCCCCCUGUGGACAAAGAUGUUCAUCUCAUCACUUUGCUGAUCUCAUUCUGGUUAAAAUUGCUGACAUUAAAGUCUUAAAACUUUGAAAUGGUCUUGUUGCUGAUGGUUUUGUUUCACUUUGUAGGCCAUAAUAAAGGGCUCAGGAUUAGUUUCACUAUGUUUUAUUAUUGGUUAAAAUCUCCUUACUGGACCUUUAAAUGAUUGAUGUUUAAAACAUGACGUCAAAUUAUCUUAAGUCAUGAAACGAGUGAAAGUAAAAACAAACAAGAUGAAAAGUACGGUAAUGUAUAGGACCAUGGUGAUAUGGGACAUAUUAUCCAAGAAAACAACAAAUACAGAUUUAAAGAUCCAGUUAAAGUACAUUUUUUAGUCAAACAGCUCCUUAUUUAGAUGAAGCUACUUUGUAGAAUCAAUCAGAGUUUGUCUGAUUUACUUGAAAUAUCUAAAGUCUGCUUAAGUAUUAGGUAUUGUUUCUGUAAAUUAAUUCAGUUAUGUGGAUUGUAAGUUGAUAUCUGAACAUCUGAUUAUUUCAUAACUAUAGCUACACUGUGAAAAUGAAUAAGCUCCACUAACGUGUAUGUUGUUUGUAUUGUUCUAGUUUUGUUGUUUGUCUUGUAGGCUGUUGUGAGUUGUGGUUAUCUUUGUGGCGUGGUGUUUUUUUUUGGUUGUUUCUUUUGUCGUUUCACUGAGAUGGAGAGCUGAUUGUUAAUGUAGACUCCAGGGGGGUAUUCCAUCAAGCUCGCUUAGCUCAAAGUCUGGCUUAAAUGGCCAAGUCUCGCUUAUUUUAGUGAGAGUUGAGUUUCACCAAUGUGGCUAAGAUUAGCUCCAACUUGGUAACCAUGGAAACAUGGUUCUGGCUAAGCCGGACACUUGGAGCUAAGCUCUGACUUUCUGUUCCAUCAACCUGAGCCUCAAUUCUGUUCCAUCAAAGUGGUUAACACGAAUGCCAGCCUUGUAACCAUGGUGACUUAUGCUGCUGGCCAAACCUGGUCUGGAGCAGGAUUAAGGUGAAGAUUAACUCCACUAAUGUCCAAAAAAUGUCCAAAAGACAUGUCUGUUUUGCAUUUACAUACACAAUGCACUGAUAAAAUAAUUUGUGAAACCAAAACGUGCUUUCCAUCCACUUUGUAACUAAAAGUGCAUUUGGUAAGUAUUAUGAUUUUGUAAAAAAUAAAAACCAAUCCGUUUCCGUUUAUCUUGAUUGCAUCCUUAUAGAUAAAAGAUGAAUAAAAUAAAUAACAAUGAAUAAAUUUAAAGGUAUGAUUAAAACACGUAGAGGAAGCCUACAUAAGUCACCUAAAAUGUCCUCCAAUCGACUGCCCCUGACAGUCAAUGAUGGCAAGGUGUAGACUAUUAAGCAGAGCAGUCAAGUCAGGCAGGGGGACACACAUUCAGCAGAGACAAAGACUAAGAGAACAUGGCAUGUCCAUUCAUUGAGGAUGAGGAGCCAAUUGACGAGGGGGCACAAAUAAUUCAAAGGGCCUUCUUCAGGCGACCACCAGCCCCGAGGGUCUUCCAGGAGAGGAGAGGAGGAACACAGUCACAGCUUUACAGUUAUAUUUACUAAUACAUUUCACAUUAUUACAAUUAUUAUGCAUUACUGACCAUUUGAAAGGAUGUUUUUAUAUUUUAUUUUGACCUGUUGCCAGGUGCGUUUCUGGCCUCCGAGGUUGCUUCUGUUUGGACAGUAAAAGGAGGUUAAUAAAGACACAGUGAAUGCUGAGUGAGUUUUAGUUAGUUCCUCAUGCUACUGCACAGUCAUGAAGGUAAAAUGAAGGAAUUAGCUCCUUUUUAUGCAACAAGAGAAUCAAUUAACCCCUGCAAACAUUUAAACAGCGCUCCUCUGAAUAGGGGGAAAUUAGGUACAUACAUGAUCAAUUGUGUGAUAAAUGUUUUGCAUAUAAAACAAUUUGAUUAUAGCCACUUCAACUCCGAUUAUAAAUCUGAUUAAAUCACUAUCUGUAGCCUACAACUUGUCUUGUAGUGAAUUUCUUUAAUUUUACAGCCUAAAUUACAAUUCUGUUAUGUCAAACAGGUUGUAUCAUUAACAUUGAGACGGGAUUAUCAUCUGAAAUAAUGAAUGGAUAAAACAUCACUUACGCCUUCAGCCUGUCGGCAAUUGUCUUCCAUGCUGCCUCUCUCGCUUUGUUUAUUUGAGCGGUGUUACCUUUUUUAGUUAUUAUAUCACGGUAAUCAUCAUAUAACUCCAUAAGGAGGUUUUGUUCAGCAUCAGAAAAUCUCUGCCCGUGAUUUUGCGGCAUUCUGAGCCAUUUUGCAACACUUUCAGCACUCGACUUGUUGGGUCUUUUUAUAUUCCGCGGGGAGGCGCUCAGUGUGAGGUUUAACAGGUGAGGCUAGAAUUAGCGUCAAGUGGAGCCAGCUGAUCUCGUUUGAUGGAACGGGUUGGGGCUAGGUUUGGAGUUGCCGUUAAUUCAAGCUUCAAGAUUACACCAUAGUCCCGAUUUUCUUAGCGACUUUGAUGGAAUACCCCCCAGGAAGAAGAGCGAUGACCUUAGCCAAAGCUAAUGGAGAUCUAAAUAAAUAAAUGAAUGAAUGAAUGAAUGAAAAGAUGGAAAAGGAUCUCAUCGUAUCCUGCCAAUCGAACUUUAAAUUACUGAAACAAGGUUUGAGGUCUAGACAGACCGCCCUUUCCUGAGACUAAUGAGGUUGAUGUGGGCGUAUGAAACCAAAUGUGAAUUUUCUAGUCAGUAAUACUCUAAAUCUGUGACAGAAUUUCACUCUGAGUGUGUCCAGCAGAGGGCGCUGCAUGAUCAUAAACUCAUUCACCUGUUUAUUCAUUUAUUUGACCUCCUUUAAUCCCAAAUCC